AUAAUCACCUGACCAGACGAGUUUUCAAAAUUUAAAAAUGAAAGGAAAUAAUACAAAGUGAAAGUAAUCUGCGGACAUGUGAAGAACAUGUCUGAGCUCAAUGAAACAGCUCGUUUUUGCUAAUCUAUAGCUAAAAUACAUUUUAAAUAAAUGCUAUUAUGUUUCAUUUUGCGUAUUUCAAGAUGCGUCCUCCGAAUUGUUUUCUGAUGUCAGUACUUCUGAUGGUCGCUGAUGGCUUCACUGUUCGUGGUCCCUCUGCUCCUCUGUCUGCUCCUCUGGGAUCUUCAGUGGUUUUGCCCUGUUAUGUUGAUAAAGCUUUACCAGUGGAGGAUCUGGAGGUGGAAUGGAGAAGAGCAGACUCAGAGACUCUGGUUCAUCUGUAUCAAGAUGGUGAGAGUCGAGCAGAGGUCCAGCAGCAGGAUUAUCAUGAUAGAGCUCAUUUCUUUACUGAGAAGAUUCAACAUGGAAACUUCUCCCUCCGUCUGGACAAUCUGACAGCUCAAGAUGAAGGAGAAUACAGGUGUAGAGUUCACAGUCAGCAGGAUUCUGGACAAACUGUGGCUCAGAUAAAAGAUGUUGAGCGUUUGCUGGUGUCAGGAUCAGAUGCGUCCAUCUCUGCAUAUGCUGGUGAGGACGUGACUCUGAACUGCUCUGUAGACUCUCACAUCACACCUGAACACAUUAAAGUUUCUUGGAGCAAAAUACAUAAAGAUGGAGAUAUCUUGGUUCUUCUCUUCCAAAACAAUGAGACUUUACCAGAUUCAUCUCAUGAGCAAUUCAGAGGCAGAGUUGAGUUCUUCACUGCUGAAAUCCCCAAAGGAAACUUCUCUCUCAGACUGAAGAGUGUCCGAACUGAGGAUAAAGAAGUUUACAUGUGUCAGGUGUUUGCUGGAGGAGCUUCAGCCAAUGCUACUGUAGAGCUGGAGAGACUGGGUUUCUCUGCUGUACAAGUAAUAAUGAUGAUUCUCUGUGUUUCUGCAUCUGGAUCUGCUCUUCUGCUCUGCUUUAUGAUCUACUGCAGAUCUCCCUCUAAAGAUCCUGUCUUUCAACUUCAGAUGAUUCUCGUUUUCUGUCCAAAUAUUCUGAUGUUUGUUGCUUUUGUCCUGUGGGGAGUUUCUGAAGGCUCUCUGUUUGAGUCAGUCUCUUGUUGUGCUCUUUAUUUUCUGAGACCUCUCAUGUUGCUCUGGGUCGCUCCAUAUGUCACUGAAUUCACAGGAAACAUUAAAACGUUUAUGGAAUUGUUUAGUUUUAAAGCAGAAUAUGUGGUUUUCUCAGCUGUGUUUUAUUCAGUACUGUUUAAAUCUGUCUUCGACAAAGGUCUGAGUUAUGCAGGAUUUGAAAGUGUCGUGAUUAUAGUCCUCUUUGUGACUGUGCUUCUGUUCAACCUCAUCUUCUUUAUUUUCUUUUUGGAUAAAAUCAUUGAGAAAUUAAGCCAGAGGAUACAGAAUAUAUUCGAUGUUCUGGCUGGUAUCAGCUUUGAUGUUCUGCCUUCACUUCAGUUUAUCCUCCUGUUCUUUGCCUUUGGAUCUGCAGGAGCAGGAUUCUUCAUUCUUGCUGUGUUACCAGUUUUUCUCAAAUUGACAAAUUACAACUGGGAUGUAGUAUGUGGAAAACAGAUGGGCUGUUUACCCUCAGUCAGGAGAUCAGUGUGGUUAAUCCUCAUGUUAUUAAUCAAUGCUUUAAUGGUUUAUUUCUACAUCAUAGCACUGGAGAAUGAAAAAGAUCGUGUUGGAUGGGCCUGUAUGAUUGCGUUUCUGCAGUUACUCUGGGCAGUGAUGGACUUCACACGCUCAUUUAAAUGGAUUCUUCCUCGUGUUGUUCCUGUGUAUGUGUUUGGAUCAGUUGCUGUUGUGUUACUGAACUCUGUUACUCUGAUGACUGAACUCAUACUGAAAACAGUUUAUGGUGAAGGUGCAAUCGGGGAUCUGAGAAUCGUCGUCUUUUCCUCUGAAUACAUCUUCACUUUAUCGCUGAUGAUUCUGCUGGUUUUUGAACCCUGGAUCAAAACGUGGCUGCAGUCAUGUCAGAAGGCAGUGAGAUCUUGUCAAACUCCAGCUGCUGGAUCACAGAAUCAGGACAUUCAGAAUGCAGAAGAAUCUGAUGGAACUCCAGCCAGUGGAUUAAACCAGAAGCCCGAAGAAACAAGUCCUUUACUGCAUGCUGAAGAUCUAGAGUCUGUGAUGAAACCAAAGAAAGAGAUGUGGAAAUGUGUGGUGUUGUGUGACUACACUCCUGAAGAAGACGACAAGCUGAAGCUAGUUAAGGGAGAAACCAUAGAGAUUCUUGCAAAGGAUGAAAAUAGUUGGUGGAUGGGAAAGAAAAAUAAUCAAAUAGGACUAUUUCAACCAACUAAUGUAAAAGAAAUUGCUGUCUCUUCAGAAGAUGCAGCAGGAUCUGAUGAAAGUCCAGCCAGUGGAUCAAACCUCGACUGAAUCAGGACAAAUGAUUCAGCUGGAUUCAAGAGAAAAGGCUCUUCAUCCAACAUUGAAUGCUUACUCAAACACUCAGGAACUCUGAUCAAACAAACUUCAGUGUUGUUUUUUUUACUGUAGAUCACUUGAAUGCACCAUGAAUUGAACUGCCCCUAGCGCACAAAUAAAGUGUUAACUAAGUAACUAAAUGUAUUUGUUAUGCAUAUGGUUUUCUACUGUAUACGUUUAAGGUGUUGGUGUUAGAUUUUGUUUGUUUUUGUAUACAGCAAAUAUAUAGUGUGUAAGUACAGCUCCAAAAAAGUUUUGCAGAGAUAUUGCAGACAAAAUAAUUUUUGCCAGAAUUUAUUUUUAUUUUUCUACUUGUAUCGAAAUAAAGUGACCACAACAUUCGUAUUGCUUAAA